GCAGAUUGAUGGAGACAGAUGGUGAGAAGGCAGAAGCUAUCCCUGUUUGAGAUCAUCCCUGCACCAAAAAUCCAACUCAUAAAGAAAUUCAUAUUUUGCAAGUGAAAUUGUGGGAACAAAAGGAAAAAAAGCCCAAAGCCAAAAGCCAAAGCCAAAGGCAAGACAGAUUGUGACAGAUUCCAUAUAUUGUUUUGAUUGUUUGCUCCUAUCUCUAAGGAACUCUCCAACCUGAAAGGAUUCCAACUUGAAACCAAAGCUUGCUGCUUCUUUUCUCUCAUUUGUCUGAAAUUCAUCCAUUUUUUCAGUAGACAAGGCAAGAAAAGGCAAGUUGUGCAAAGUUUUGUUCUUCAGAUUAGCUUGGAGGCAGGCAAAAGAAAAAAAUAAGGCGCCAAACUUUGUGUGCUCCUGGAUCAUAGGAAGAAAUAUCCAAGAGAUUGGUAAAAAAAGGCGCCAUUUUUGAGAGAAAGGCGUCUCCUUGCGAUCAAGCUGGUGAUGUGAUCGAAGAGUAGAGGCGGCGAUGGAGGCGGCGGAGCUGGUGAAGAAGAUACGGGAGCUGGAGGAGGGCCAGGCCGAGCUCAAGCGGGAGAUAUCCAGGAUCGUGCCGGAGCGCGGCGGCGCGCGGCGGCCGCCGACGCUGCCCGCGCAGCAGAGGCGCACCGCGCUCCCGCAGGCGGCGGCGGCGGCGCCGUCGUCGCGGCUCCUGCAGCGCGUGGGCCGCGCCGGACUCCCCGACCGGCACUACGUCAGGAUCCUGCACUCGCUGGGGCAGGCCGUGCACGUCAUCUCCCUCGACGGCAAGCUCAUGUAUUGGAACCGGUACGCGGAGCAUCUGUACGGCUAUUCUGUUCCUGAAGCAGUUGGUCAGGAUGCCCUUGAAUUAAUUGUUCAUCCUAGUGACUAUGGUGCAGCAAACGACAUCAUACAGAAUAUAUUCAUGGGGAAGUGUUGGAGAGGGAAAUUUCCAGUUAAACACAAGUCAGGGGAGCGUUUCAACAUCGUCGCCAGUAACACGCCUUUGUAUGAUGAUGAUGGUAGCUUGGUAGGCCUCAUCUGUCUCUCAACUGAUACGCGGACAUUGGAGGAGAUACUUGGCCAUUCAACCUCAGGGAAAGUGUAUCCGAGUUCAGCAAAGCCGCGCGUUCAACUCAAUGGGUCCAAAAGUGGUUUGCUAAACAAAGUUUCUUGUGACUCCCAGCAACCUCUUCAAUCUGCUAUCACCUCCAGGAUAACAAAUUUGGCUACCAGGGUUACAAAUAGAGUUCGCUCUCGGGUCAAGACGGGUCAGAAUUGCGAUGAUCAGUUCGGUGGUGCCUGUGAGAGCCAUUAUUCUGAACAUGAUGCCAGAGAAGAGCAGACAUCUAGUGAAGGAAGCACCCCAAGUGGGGAUGUUCUUCAUGGGGCCUUUGUUAGUGAAGACAAUUACUCUGGGAAGUCAAGCAAAACAAACAGUGAUGACUCAGGAGAAGGAAAACUGGGGCUUCACAAAAUUCUUAGCUCAACAGCAGAGGCACUGUGGGCCAACAGGGGAAUUCCAUGGCCUUGGAGAGGUCAUGGAAAUGAUGAUGCUGGGAAGAAUCGAACGAACUUGCCACAGUUCCAUGAAAUUCAAGAGAAUGGACAGAGCCAUAAGGAAGUUCCAGAGCCAAUCAUACUACCAGACUGCCAAGAUACUGAAUUUGUCCAGGAAGUCAAAUAUGAGGUUUCAGGUUCCUGGUGGUCUUUCAAUGCCAGCACAAGUAGUAUGAGCAGUACUGGAAGCACUAAUAGCAGUGCUAUCGAGAGAGCAGAUCGUGAAGCAGACUGCCUGGAUUUUGAAAUUCUGUGGGAAGACCUGGCAAUUGGAGAACAAGUUGGUCAAGGUUCUUGUGGAACAGUGUAUCAUGCUCUGUGGUAUGGUUCGGAUGUGGCAGUUAAAGUAUUCUCCAAAUAUGAAUACUCAGAAGACAUGAUACUCACCUUCAGGCAAGAGGUAGCAUUGAUGAAGAAACUACGCCACCCCAAUGUGAUACUCUUCAUGGGUGCAGUUGCGUCUCUCCAACGACUUUGCAUUGUUACGGAGUUUCUGCCACGAGGGAGUUUGUUUCGCUUACUUCAAAAGAAUGCUGGCAAGCUGGAUCCAAGACGGCGAGUUCACAUGGCUAUAGACAUUGCAAGAGGCAUGAAUUAUCUCCACAAUUCCAGCCCACCUAUUGUCCAUCGUGAUUUAAAAUCAUCAAACCUUUUGGUCGAUAAGAACUGGACUGUUAAGGUUGCGGACUUUGGUCUUUCACGUCUCAAACUCGAAACAUUUCUGACAACAAAAACUGGAAAAGGAACACCACAAUGGAUGGCUCCAGAGGUAUUACGUAAUGAACCUUCAAAUGAAAACAUAGGUCUGAUGUGUACAGCUACGGAGUUAUCCUAUGGGAAAUUGCUACUCAGAAGAUACCAUGGGAUAAUCUCAAUACAAUGCAGGUUGUUGGAGCAGUGGGGUUCAUGGACCACAGGUUGGACAUUCCAAGCGAUGUUGAUCCUCAUUGGGCGUCGAUGAUCGAGAGUUGCUGGGACAGUGACCCGCAGCGUCGCCCUUCGUUCCAAGAACUGCUAGAUCAGCUCCGAGAUCUGCAGAAGCAAUACAACUUGCAGGCUCAACUGCAGCGAACUGCAGCUGCCAAGAUGAGUGUUGACGAUUGCUAACUUCAAAAUCUGAAUGGUCCAUGUUCAGCUUGUUGCCAAUAUGAGGUCCCAGCAGGCCAGCAAAAUGGGAUUCGUUAGGAGUCCAGUCUAACCAAAAAGGGUUCUGAAUUCUGAACAUUUUGCUACUUUUCUGAAGAAGCUGUGGCAGCAAUUGAGUUUGUGCCAGAAAAAGAUGGUGCAUUCGAUCUGAAGCCUGAAGCUCUGCAACUGCAAUUCAAUCAAUCUUCCAGCAGUGAUGACCGAUGAAAUUUCGGCAGUCAUCGAAUACAAUGCUGUAUUCACCCUAUUAACCAUGUACAUGAUUUUUUUUAAAAAGAAAAGGUUGUUGUUGGUAUUCUGCAAUGUACUAGUACUUGAGAUUAUCGCCGAGUUAAUCAGUGUCAGAAAAAAAGAAAAGAAAAUUCACAGAGCAAGUGAUCAAUGCUGUCAA